UUCCCGCCUUCCCGCCCCUCUCUCUCUCUUAUCAAUUAUCGACCCUUUUGACCACUGAGGAAGAUACAGAGGAUGUUUAAGCAAUGAAAGAGAUGUUUAGAGAGAGUAUGAAAUGUUGAAGAGAUCUUAGAGGGAGGACUUACAAUGGAGCUGAACACACCUAACAGGAACCAUACCAUCUCCUCCUCCUCCACUCCUCUUUCUCAAUUUCAGGAUUCACCCGUCUUUAAUUACAUCAACAAUCUCUCACCCAUCGAGUUAGCCAAGUCUGUGCAUAGUACCGACCAAACAUUCAACUCUCUUUCUUUUUCAUCUCCUCCAUCGGUCUUCGCUUCACCCAAGCUUACUUCCCUAAGAGACACUAGAUCUUUUCUUAAAAGGCGUCAAUUCUUAGAGACAUUGAAACCGGUGCUCUCUCAUAGUAAAGAUGGUAACAAUACGAGCGAAGGGGUUCCGGAGGCUGUUGAACUAGAUAACUCUAAUACUUCUGCUAAAGAGGUUACUGCUGAGCAGCCCGGUGAACACUUGGAAUUAGCAAUUGAGCUGCCACAAUCAUUGAACAUUGUGCCUCUUGAUGCAAUUAGGACAGAUACCCAUACUGAAAAGGCAGAAAUAUCAAAUGAGAGACAUUCUUCGUAUGAGAGUGAGAAACAUUUGCGUAAAAUCUGUCGAAUUGAGCAAAAUGAAGAUGAAGCAGGAGGCAAUUGGGUGGCAUUGAUUUCUAAUGUGGAUGAUAUGUUACACUUUGAAUCAUCUAUUAUUGAAGAGCAACCUGAAGAGCAGAAAAUGGUGGAUCCUGGGACAAUCUCUUUUAUCUCAAAUGUACUACAGAUCCCGCAGGAUAAUAACAAUGAUACGGAGAAUAUAGAAUCUACUAAUUUCGUUGGCUCUUUAGAACUGAAAAUGGGAGAACCAGGAACUCAGUCAACAGAAUCAUUAAAUAAGAAGGAAACAGAUAAAUUACAUGCUGUACCCUCUAGCACUUUACAGAAUAAGCUAGCUGUUAGUGAUGCAGCCGUAGAAGUAGAUAUCAAGGGGAAAAAGUGCCAAUCCAGCUGCAAGCAGAAUAGAAUAAGAAGACUGGUUUUUGAGAUGGGAGGAGCUCAUAAAAAGAAAUCAGUAUGUAAUUCUGACGGCACCUCUUCAAUAUUGCCUCAAUCAGAUUGUGAAGUUGCCCCUGUUGAAAAGCAUUCAACUCCAAGGAUAUCAACGUUAUCAAGAAAGGGUAUAGGUUUGCACUUGAAUGCUCUAGCUACUACUUCAGGUGAUGGUAAAGUUAUCAAGAUUGAGACUCUAUCUUCUACAAAACAAGAAAUAAAUUUAGUUCUUUAUGACUGUGAAGAUAAGGUUAUGGAAAAUGCUCCCCAAACAUCUGUGGGUGUUACUGAAGACGUUGGCAUUAGUAGUCCUAAAAUAAAGAGGCACAAACUGGAACAUGUUGGAGCAUCCUGCAAACGCUGUAAUUGUAAGAGGUCAAAAUGCUUGAAGCUUUAUUGCGAUUGUUUUGCUGCUGGACUCUACUGUAUUGAGCCUUGUUCAUGCCAAGAUUGUUUUAACAAGCCUGCUCAUGAAGACACUGUUUUGGAAACUCGGAAACAGAUUGAAUCUCGCAACCCUCUUGCAUUUGCUCCAAAAGUGAUUAGGAGCACAGAUUAUGUUUCUGACUUUGGGGAUGAAACUAAUAAAACUCCAGCUUCAGCCCGACAUAAAAGAGGAUGCAAUUGUAAAAAAUCAAAUUGCUUGAAGAAAUACUGUGAAUGCUUCCAGGGUGGUGUGGGUUGCUCUUCGAACUGUAGAUGUGAAGGGUGUAAAAACAGUUUUGGUAGCAAAAACGGGUUUGAAGAAAAUGAGACUGAAGAUGGAGAAUCAGAAGCAUUUGAGAAGAACGAUGAGGGUGAAGAAGAGCAUGCAGAUCUUCCAAGACCUUCUGGAACUGCUAGGUCUUCAAUUCAACUGCCAAUGACCUUCAGUGGGAUGCUCUCGAGGUCUCUUUCUGCAGUUGGUGGAUCAACUCAAAUGCGCACCAGCCAGAAGCUUGGAACAGAGGUUUCUUGCCAGCCUAAGUUUGAAACGCAUCUCCAAGUGAUCCCAGAAGAAGAAGCUCCUGAGACAUUGACCAGCAAUUGCUCAGCUAUAAGUGGUGUGAAGUCGACCUCUCCAAACUGCAAAAGGGUCUCACCUCCUCAUCAUGGUUUUGGGGCAUCAGCUAAUUGGAAGAGCAGCAGAAAGUUGAUUUUGAGAUCUGUUCCACCCUUCCCGUCUCUCAAUUCGCCAAAUCAGCAGAAAUUCCAGUAAAAUGCUCACGGGCUUGGGAUGUGGCAAGGCAUGUUGUAUCGGGAGCCGCUCAAAUGGCAUCCCUUGUAUAAUAGUUGUAAUGAUAAGAAUUUUGUUACUCAGUUGAUAAAGCUAUUUCGCAUGGCAAGCUUAAGAAUACAAGCAGGUCUAUUCCAAUGCCAACGCUGUAAAAGAUUAAGAUAAAAGCAGUGCCUGUACUAUAUUUCUCAACUCUAUGUAAGCUGUAGACAGAUGAGUUAGGUUAGAUCUCGUUUGUAGUGUAAUUCUAAACUAGUAGUAAUUAGAUAAUUUGUUGCUUCAUUUUCAAUUUAUGAGUGCAUAAGGGAGUUUUGUUUA